AUGGCCGUGGAAAACAUCAUCAUGGAUGAGUCUUCCACAUCAUCCAACGCGAGGAAACGCAAGCGCUCAGACAAUGAAGAACCACCUCCAGGCGACCAAUGCUCAUCUGCAACCGGUGAUCCGAACGAGCGCAAAUCGCCUCAUCAUCACGAGGGAGACGAUGAAGCGGCUUCAAAACACUAUGAAAGUGAAAGCAGCAUAUCGGACGAUGAAUCCGAUGACGAAGAGGAAGCGGGCAACAGUUCCUAUAGCGAAGAUCAGGAGAAGCUUCCCAAGUGCGCAGCAUUCGAUGAGAGGACGGUGGCGCUGCCGGAUCGAAUUCGCCACGUCACAAAAGACGCAGCCCAGAUCUUCGAUAUCCACGCUUGCAAAACGCAAGAAACUGAACGAUUGCGUGGAAAAUCGAACGAGAUUUGCGAGAUCCCCGUCCACGAUCCCAAGAUCAUUGCCUUUAUAGGACGCGGUGGACAGGGAAAAAGCUCUACCGUCAACUCGAUCAUCGACAGACCAGGGCUUGCCGAUGCGGGCAAUGGCGUGAACAGCGUAACCUGCGUCCCUACGAUAUACGAAACAGCACCCGAAGAGCAGAUACCCGAAUUUCAGCUACGAUCGAAUACUUCGACACUGCAGAGAUCAGCAAGCUUCUUGCUCUACCAGCAGGAACCAUGCGACCUAGUUGAGCAGAACGAGAAGUACGCCAGGCAGAGGACGGCUGUUUCCGUUUUUGCAGCUGCCUUCCGGCACAGGAAAGAUUUCUCUACCGACGAUGAGACUGCCAAGACGCUCUGUAAAAUCUGCAAAGCCAAUGGCACAUAUCAAGAAAAAGUCCAAGAAUUCGUGGAAAUCGUCGAAGCUGCCAUGGACCACCGAAUCUCAGGGAGCAAGCGCCAGGUCUCUGAGGAGCACCAGACCUUGGAGAAACUCCAUGAGUGGCUCAACUCCCGUAUCGGGAUUGAGGAGUCUCGAGUGCCCAAAGACCUAAGCCUGUCGCCUUUUGUGAAGCAGGCUACUAUUGGAGUGCGUGGCUCCAAAGUGCUGGAAUGUUGGAGAAUUGCAGACCUUCCCGGACUGGAUGACAUCCACAAGAACCUGCUGGCAACCUAUGGACCCAGUUUCAAAGACAAAUUCGACAUUGUCGUUACGAAGUGUGACGAUGGCCUGGAGGUUAAGCGGAUGAAAUCGUACGCACAACACGAACCGGAGCUCAAGUCGGGCUGUGAAGAUUGGGCCUUGUUCUUGGACCUAUUAGACAAUCGAAAACAGUAUCUAAAAAAGAGGUCUAGCAAAGAUGCGAAUGCACGACAAAAGCUUGACUCAUUGCAGGCGGCAAGGCCGCGAUGCAACAGCCUCUUUACCGCAAAGGCUGUCGAAUUUCGGAACAAGGACGCUAUAGCGAAAGCGCAGCCUUUGAUUGAGCGCUACGUUCCUGGCGUGGAGCCGCGGAUGUUCUGCAUUUCGAACAUGCAGUACGAGGCCCACAAGGACUCUUCCCUGGAUGUCGAGGCCAGAAUCAGCGUUAAGCUUACAGGUGUACCGGCCUUGCGCUCCCAACUUUUGUCCCUUGCAGGCCCCGACAAGUUCAAGAAAUUGCAGGAUUUCGUUGACUUUCCAUUCACUGACUGGAUCGCGAGCUGCAAGCUUUGGCUCCACAACACGUCCGAUGAACGAGACGAUGACCUGGUCUUGAUGAAUCAGGAAUCAAAACCAAAGGUCGCGCAUAUGUUCGGGGAAUUGGAGGACAACCUGAAGCAUGAGGCUGCUCGACCUAUCUUAAGCCAUCUUAAGGCAAGUGGGCCUGAGUAUGCUGCGUAUGCCGCGGAAAUUGUGGAUCACGACCUUAGGAAGCAGCAUUGGCCCACACUCGGUGCCUUCUUUCGCCGUUCAGGCACCUAUCGAGACCGGCCAUCCUGGAACUUGCGUUUUACAACAGGCGCGCGGUCUUUCGUCAACUCGGAAUGGGAACCUCUUACCAAGUCUGCAACCAAGCAGCUUGGAGAAGUCAAGGGAGCUGCUACCGCUAUGGCCGAAAGCAUGAAGCCACAUGGCCAGGCAAAGAAGGCCUUCGCCGGUGGUCCAGUUAACACAAUGGACGACACGUUGCAGGGGAAGAUUAAUGGCAUUCGUCAAGCGUUUGAACAAGCAGAGGCCAAGCUAGCGGAAGAUCUAAAGGUCACCCGUAUCAACGUAGCGGAAGGGAAUUUCUUCACCAAAGCCAUGAAGCCAGCCUAUGAGGAAUGCAACUCGCUCACUAGAGGCCUCACAAUCAGGAAGAGAUCGCUCGACGUCCUCCAGGCUCAUCUUACAAAAGAAGGCGACAGUAGCCCCUUUGCACUGUUCGUCGAUCGUAUCGAGCGAGCGAUCCAAAACAGCGUCAAGACCACGAUCGCCAAUCUCCAGAAGCAAACCCUUCUAAUCUUUCAGGAGAUCGAGAAGGACGACGAGUCCACCUUACAGGGUUAUAGACUCCACCCUGACGAGGAACACCUCCGGAACGACCUCGUGGAUUUCUUCGAGAAGUGGGACACAGAGAUUGAAGAGAUCAAGCGGGCUUGUACAGAGAUUGAGAAGGGAGGUCGUCGUACACAGCUGAUUCGAGAGCUCGAGAGCCUCACCUCAUGA